CUGAGAGCUAGCCCACACCCCCAUGCAGGUAGUCCAGUCCCUCCCUCCUGAGACUGACUGUUAUAAGCCAGAGACAGAGGAGCAUCAGCACAGAGAACAGCAUCUUCACGACACAGGGAUUUACCACAAUCUCACAAGCAAGAAAAAUUCCACCCAGGAAAUGGACAACAGGCUGGUUUGUGCCGUCGCUCUGGUGAUAGGAUGUUGCGUCCUGGCGGCCGAAGGCAUCACCUCGACCGUCCCCGUGGGCGAUCUUAAAACACCCAUUCGUCGCGAGCCCUGUGGCCGCAUGAAGUUUUGCGGGGAGACUCCAGCGGGCUGCGAUCCCCAUGGCAACAGCACCUGUCUGUUCACCUCCGCCACCGCCGCCACCCCCGUGAUGGGCAGCCGCCCCAACGUGGCCUUCGAGCUGCGCGGCGACUCCGAAGGCUACAUCGUCCUCGUCCUGUCCCCCAAUAAAGAUCUGGGGGGGAAUGAUGAGGCCUUUGUCUGCGCUCGGGACAACAACACCCUCCGCUUCUUCACCGCGACCUUCAACAAUGCAACGCUAACCGCGACCAACAAGACUGGAGCGGUCAGCAAUGUUCUGGCCUCACUCAAUGCCAACGUGAUCCAAUGCACCUUCACCGCUCUGGGACUGAACGCCACGGCCACCAGGGCCAGCAGUGACACCACCUUCUACGUCUUCGCUGGCAGAGGGAGCUUCGUCAAUGGAGCCCUGGGGAAUCCCACAAUUACCUUUACGAGCAACGGCAGUGUGGAUCUGACCAGCCUCCCGCCUCGAACUCCGGCCGCGGGCAACGCAACCUCCGCCGCCAACGCAACCUCCGCCGCCAACGCAACCUCCGCCGCCAACGCAACCUCCGCCGCCAACGCAACCUCCGCCGCCAUCCCCGUGGGCCCUCUUAAAGACACCAUCCGUCGUGCGUCCUGCGGCCGGACGAAGCUUUGUCAGGAGGUUCCGACGCAGUGCGACCCCAGCGGGAACGGAAACUGCCUGUUCGUCUCCGCCGCCGCCCUCAACCGCAGCGCCAACGCCGGCACCAAGGUGGCCUUCGAGCUGCGAGGGCUCUCCGCCGGCUACAUCGUCCUCAUCCUGUCCACCCAAAAGAAUGAGGGAGGGAACAACCAGGCCUUCGUCUGCGCGAAGCAAAACAGCACCCCCCGCUUCUUCACCGCAACCCUCAACAACAAAAAAUUGAUCACAAACAACAGGACCGGAGCAGUCAGCGAUGUCCUGGCCUCACUCAAUGGCAGUGUGAUCCAAUGCACCUUCACCGCUUUGGGACUGAACGCCACAGCCACUAGAAGCGCCGACACCUCCUUCUUCAUCUCCGCUGGCAGUGGGAGCUUCACUAACGGAGUCCUGGGGGAUCCCACAUUUGACCUGAGGAGCAACACCAGCCUGGACCUGACCAACAACAACAGCAGCCAGACCGCAGCGGGAGGCAACGGGGGAACCUCCCUGCACCCCGUUUCCCUGGUUUUGAUGGUCCUGCUCAGCGCACUGAUCUCCCGUCUGGUUUGAGAAGCUGAACAACCCCCACCAUCCCCGCCUGUACUAUUAUGCUCAUUUGGGGAAAGAAGUCUGUCAGUACUAAGCCAAAUGAAACUCCAAUUCCUAAUAUUUAUAGCUUUUAAUUUACCUCUUUUACUGUGGGUUUAUUUUUGAAUGUGCACGUAUCGCAUCUGUGUGUGUGUGUGUGUAUGCAGGUCAAAUACGUUUUUGUUUUGGAUUCAAAUACUUUUCUACGCAUUACCGAUCUUGUCUGGUGUAUUGGUACCAAUGAAAACCCCACCUUCUGGUCAUGCUGGCAGGCUCAGUGAGACCAGGCAAGAUCAACAGAGCACAGAAAAGUAUUUGAAUCCGAAACAAAUAUCGUAUUUGACCCAGGUCCGAUGUGUAUUUUUGUUACAAAUGAAGCCAUUUGGCCGAGGUGUGGCAAGCCCUAACGCAGUGGUCUUUGUAUGACAGUAUCCCACAUAAUGGCCGUGCACAGUUUUAAUUAAACGCUCAUCAUCACCCUUGUUCUCACAAUAAACGAUGCCUCAUUUUUGUAUGACAUUUAA